AUCACGCCUCACUGGCUUCCUCUCUAAUUGGUUCCACACAUGCUACUGACAUCUUUGGGAGAACUCACCUGUUUUAAUUGGACUAUCGCGACAAGUUGUCCAAGUGACGUCGAUGCUACUGGUCGACCAUUUCCAAUCGUCAGAGUGUUAUCUCAGGAUAACUGAGGAGCUCAAUUGAGCACCGAAAAAGACUGCAGCAGUCGCGCGACCGAGGGACGUGCUGCUCACCAGGCCGACAAGACAAGUGAGACAGUCUGCAGCGGAGACCUGGCAUCUCAGCCUGUGAACGGUUGCGGGACAGAGGGCUGUGAACGUUUCGACAUGAACCAGCGGUGGUAAACGGCCUGGUGUAAUACACCAAAUGAUUUGGGUGCAUCUGCUUCAUCUUUGAGAUCCUAUUUGAACAGGAGAGCAGGGUCUCUGACUUUUUACGCGUGGGUAAAAACUCAGGAAUCGGCUGUUUUCCUCUCUAGCAGACAGUGCUGGACGCAGGUGCUGCUCCAUCGUUAUUCUUGGCAUCGGCUGGCACGCUGACACCAUCAACAUUGAAGCCUUUUUUUCCGCAAGUGGUCGGUGCGCCCCUGCGUUUGGAGCCAUGGGUUGUACGGUGAGCGCCGAGGAUAAGGCUGCCGCGGAGAGGUCAAAGAUGAUUGACAAAAACCUCCGAGAGGAUGGAGAGAAGGCCGCCAGAGAAGUGAAACUGCUUUUAUUAGGCGCCGGGGAAUCUGGGAAGAGCACCAUUGUGAAGCAGAUGAAGAUCAUCCAUGAAGAUGGAUACUCAGAAGACGAGUGCAAGCAGUACAGAGCAGUGGUUUAUAGUAACACCAUCCAGUCUAUUAUGGCCAUUGUUAAAGCUAUGGCCAGUCUCAGCAUAGACUACAGCAGCCCUGGCAGAGUGGACGAUGCCCAGCAGCUCUUCGCCCUGUCUGCAGCUGCUGAAGAACAGGGCAUCUUUCCUGAUGAUCUGUCUAACGUGGCCAGGCGAUUGUGGGGUGACAGCGGCAUACAGAGUUGCUUUAAACGGUCGCGAGAGUACCAACUCAACGACUCUGCAGCAUAUUACCUGAAUGACCUGGAGAGGAUAGCUAAAGCAGAUUACAUCCCCACCCAGCAGGAUGUGCUCCGAACUCGGGUCAAGACCACUGGCAUCGUGGAGACUCACUUCACUUUCAAGGAGCUGCACUUCAAAAUGUUUGAUGUUGGAGGCCAACGCUCGGAGAGGAAGAAGUGGAUCCACUGUUUUGAAGGAGUCACAGCCAUUAUUUUUUGUGUUGCACUGAGUGCUUAUGACCUGGUGCUGGCUGAGGAUGAGGAGAUGAACCGAAUGCAUGAGAGCAUGAAGCUGUUUGACUCCAUCUGCAACAACAAGUGGUUCACUGAGACCUCCAUCAUCCUCUUCCUCAACAAGAAGGAUCUCUUUGAGGAGAAGAUCACUCGCAGCCCCCUUAACAUCUGCUUCCCAGAGUACACAGGAGCCAACAAGUUUGACGAGGCAGCCAGUUACAUUCAGACCAAGUUUGAGGACCUGAACAAGAAAAGGGACACAAAGGAAAUCUACACCCACUUCACCUGUGCCACUGAUACUAAGAACGUGCAGUUUGUCUUUGAUGCCGUCACUGACGUGAUUAUUAAGAACAACCUGAAAGACUGUGGUCUUUUCUAAAGGACGAUGCCCGACGCACACAGACUGCAUGAGAGACUGCAACAGCCAUGUGAUGAUUACUGCUUUUCAUAAUGAAAACCAUAACAGACUUGAUUCUUAGAGGGGAAACCUUGAAGAACUUCAACAGUCACUGAUUUGCAACCAUCACAUUCUGUCAAUUGUGUUAAUAUUUUUUAAAAUAUAUUUCUUACUGCUCUUGAUCACAAGUACUCAUACUAUUCAUACUGAGUACCUGUAAAUAGCUAUUUGACCAAGGCCCCCCUUAUUGGUUUUUAAAUUAGAUUUGUAACAGAAAUUAUAUUAUCCCACUGGCUUAAGUGGAAAAUAAUUGUUGAAAGAGGAAAACGUAUCAUAAUAAUGAGCCAUUAUCUCAUCAUGCCACACGGCAAAUGAAAAUACAGCAAAAUUAAAGUAUUUUUCAUCCUUGAGAAGACUUCAAGGACCAACGUUCAAACCACAGUUGUUUGAUUUGAAUCCGAUUUAUUUUUUUUGCUUUUCAUUUUACUUUCCUUAUUUUCUUUUGAAAUUUAGUAUGAAGAUACAACAUAAAUAAAACCCAACGUUGUAUAACAAUCACAUUAACUUGUGUUAACCGAUGUUGACACUUUAUGAACCUUUUGACUGCACAGAGCUUAUUUUUAGAAGAAAACAAACAAGCAUGGAGAAUGAAAAUGGAUGAAGGGAAAAUGUUUUUUGUACAAUGUUUACACAGUCAAUACCCAUAGUGCAUUGUUCUGCAUGACUGUCCAUAGAUUAGCUGGUACCUUCCACAAACUGAAUAACAUUCCUUAGGUAACUUCUUUGAAGAAACUAAACAAAAGUUGUUAUGUGUCACUUUUAAGAUAUCUACAGGAUUUUUAAGUGGUUAUGUCUAUUCCUAACAUGGAUUGUUCUGUACUAUUUGUUUUAUUCCAAGUCUUUUUACAUAUGUUUGUGCCUUGAUAUCUGUUUACACUUGUUCUUUAGAGACAUGCUAUCUCCAUAGUGUGAAUUAGGGCUAUUUCUACUCCACUUCAGUUCACAUAACCCAUGAUUGAAGAUGCACCACAGCACAGAGACAAAUGGAUGAUAAGCGUUCAUUAAUAUUAAGAUAAAAGUCAUUCACUCGUUAAAUGUAAAUAAAGGUUUGCUCACAUGA